AUGAAUAAUAAGUAGGAUUUAUAUAAUUAGAACAAAUAGAUAAAAUUUUGUUUAAAAUUUAUGAAUGCAACAAGGAUUGUAAAUAAAUUUUAAUUUUUGGAUAAAAUUUAUUUCGAUAACCUUUUGCUUAAAGAAUGCAAAGGAUUUACAAUUGAAGAUAUUAUAAUGCUUAUAACAGAAAUAGAUUAUUAAGAAGAAUUAAGACAAUCUGUAAUAUAAUAAUAACAGGAAUUAGGUUUAAAUUAAAUAUAAAGUGAAAUGCUGAUAUCUUAAAUAGAAGGAAAUCAAAGAGAUAGAAGGAGAAUAGAUUAUUUAAAUAAUCCUUAAAUAAAUAAUUUAAUUACUAUGCUUAAAGAUUAUUAUAAAGUGUGUUGUAAAAAUGGGGAUGUAAAAGAAAUGCAUAGAAUAGAGAAUAGAAUAUAGGAAAUAAAAAUAAAGUAGCAAAGAAGAUGGAAAAACUAUAUUAAACAAUUACAAAAAUAUUAAGAAAAUUUGAUCUAAAAAAGUGCUUUUGAACAUUAAUAUAAUUAAUAAAAAAAGUGGAAUGAAUUUGUAAUUGAUUUUCAAAAUAGUAGAUUUUAUAAAUUUAAUAUGAUGAUAGUAUUAAAAUUUAUUUAAAUUAUUAUAGGAAUAAUAAAAAAAAACUAUUUAAGAGAUGAGCAAAUAGUUUUAAGAAGAACUUUAACCAAAAGUUUGUAAAGUUUCCAAAAAGGUUCUAGAUAUGAGAAUGAAACAAAAAUAACUAUUAAAAUUAAAGGAAUUUUAGUAAGCAGAAAAAGUUAAGGAAGAAACAGAUUUAAUUGAAUAUUUGGAAAAGAAAUAAUAAGAAAUGAUUGUAUUAUAACGGUGAUUCUUAUAUAGUUAAAAUCCAAAGUAAAAAAUAAGUUAAAAGUUUUAAAAAAAAGAUAAUCAUGUCAGAUAUCAGCAUUUAUGUAAAAAGUAGCAAGUUAAUAAACUACUCAUCUAUUAUAAAAAUAAGCAAAUGAAAAUAGAUGGGUUAAUAUAAAUAGACAUUGUGUUUAAGAUAUUAAUGAGAGAUUCAAUAAAGAUAGGAACAUAACAUUAGCUUCAAGAAGAUCCUUUAAUGUUUACAGACUUAGAACAAAAAGUGCUAAUCCAUAACCUGCUAAAAGUACUAACAUAUCUCAUUAAUUGACUUAAUUAUAUGAAUGA